UAUGAAAAAAAGAACACUUCAGGAUCUGUCUGAAGAACAAGACCAGCUUAAUUAAUCUUACAUUGAAAUCAACCAGGUUUAGAAGGAACUCUAUUUAGAAAACCAAAAAAGGCUGAAAGAAAAGCAAAAAGAGAACAACCCCAUAGUAGUCAUUGAAGAUGAUGAAAUCAAAUAGCAAAUUGAAGAAACCGAAGUUUAAUUAUCUUUUCCUAUUGGAACAUUUUGUUUGAAUUGUCUAACACAAUAUCCUACAGAUGAUAGACAGCCACAUCACUUACCAUUUAUUAACAUCCUUUACGAAAAUGCACACAUAGAUGUCAAAACUUAAAAGCCAAAAAAGACAUUGGAAAGUGCUCUGAUGACUUGCUUUAAAUUUGAAGAUGAAUUAUUAGAACCUCUAGUAAAAUCAGGGGUUCAACUCUACAUUGUGAAUGACAAUGACAAUUUAAACAAGAAGCUUGAAAUUAUUGAAAGAUAUAACAAUUAUCCAAAUUGGAUGGUAAUUAAGCCAUCAAAAUUAAGUUCGAAUAUGUUUGGAGGCGCAUUCCACCCUAAAAUAUGGAUUCUAAAAUUUCCUAAAUUUAUUCGGAUUGUCAUCGGAAGUUAAAAUUUACAUGUUGGAGAUUGGACAAUAUGGUCUUAAGGAAUGUGGAUUUAAGACUUCAAAAUAGGGAAAAGUGAGUUAGACCAAACCUCUUAAGAGUUUAAAAGCAUGCUCAGAGAAUUCUUAUAUGAAAUAUUGCCUACCUCUCAUAAAUUCGAAGAUCUCCUCAAAAUCAAAUAUGAUGAUUAUGAUUUCAAAGAUGUUAAUGUCAGACUCAUCACAUCCAUCCCAGGAAGAUUCGUAGGCAAUUAAUUAUUUAAAUACGGUAUGAUGAGACUGCAGUCAGUCAUCUAUUAAGAACUUUGUAACAACAAAAUGGAAAUCCCUAAAUAAGUUUGUGUCACAUAUUAAACCACUAGCAUAGGAUAGAUGGAUAAUAAUUACGUUGAUUUUGCAUUGCAGUGUUGCACAGGAAGGGUUUAUAAAUAACCAUUGCCGAAUGAGUAGAAUAACAAAAAAAUAAACUAGAUGAUUCUAAAUCAAUAAGAGGAAGAAUAAUCAAAAUUGAAAUUAAUAUACCCAACUGCAGAUUAUAUUGAAAAUUAGACUCAUGGAGGAGUUGACUUUGCCAAUCCAUUGCACUUAAAAUAGUAAUCAUAUGAAAGUCCUAAAUUUCCUAAGCAUCUAUUUUAUAAAUACUAAGGAUCAGAUCACUACUAUUGGCAUACUGGUAACAUUCCCCAUUUAAAGGUUAUGAUUAUUACAGGAUUAGACGAAGAUAUAAAUGAUUAGACAUCCAUAUAUAUAGGAAGUCAUAAUUUUAGUUAAGGUGCUUGGGGAAAAAUGGAAAAAAAUGCAACCCAAUUGUUCAUAUCUAAUACAGAAUUAGGUGUUUUAUAUCCUCCUAAAAAAAAUUCAGCUCAAAUGAAAUAAUAAAUAAUAGAAUAACUUUCAUUCAAAUUUCCUCCAUUAAAAUAUGGUAAGGAUGAUCAACCUUGGAUUGUAGAGGCAUAUUAUGAAAGACUGUCAAAAGAAUACUAGUAAUAAAACAAAUGA